CUUGAAUUUUCAUCUGUAUCAUCUAUGAUCUGUAUUCAAUACUUCAAUGUUUUCUCUUUUUGGUUCAGUUCCAGUUUUCGGCCCUCCUGUUUUUAUAUCCAAAAUAGUGCAAUUAUUUGGAUUUUUAUUUUGAAUAAAAAAUCGUUGCUUCUUCAUUAAUAUGACAGAAAAAGAACAAAAUUGUGAUACAACGAUGACAAAUGAUGAAAAAGUCAGUGAAAAUGGUGAAGUCAAAAAUGAUGAUACACCUGUGAAAUUAACUCCAGGAAGACAAGCAUUGAAAGCUUGGUUAAAUCAGAAUUUGAGGAUUAAAAUGACUGAUGGUCGAAUAUUGACUGGAUCUUUUUUGUGUACUGAUAGAGAUGCCAAUGUUAUACUAGGAUUGUGUUCUGAAUAUUUAUCAGAAAACUCUGAAGCCAGAGCAUUAGGACUUGUUAUGGUACCCGGACGUCACAUUGUUUCUAUACAUUUGGAUGAAUGAAUGUUGCUUAAAACAUUUCAAUUAAUGGUGAUAUGUAAUGUGAUCAAUGAUAUUUAGAUUCAACUAUGAAACUUUAUUAAAUAAGUUUUGUAUAAAAUAGUGUAAAUAAAAACAGUCAGAACUCCAAAAAAUUUAUUGAAC